GCCAGAGUUAGCAAAGGAAAACCCCGUUUGGAAAUUUUGCCUUCCUGUGGCCCUCAGGCAAAGGAAAGGUUUCGAAAGUCGCCAGAAGGUAUUUUUUUGCAGGAGCGGUCACUUCCCAAAUCCAGGCAAGGCAGGGGAGGAGUCUGGGCCGUGUCCCGCCCUUCUCCAGUAAACUUCUCCGGCUCCAGGUUUGGAGGCAGAGUCGGAAGGGCUGGGAGUAGCUGCACGCCCCCACGCUUUCCCCAUGGUUUCGGUGACUAGAGCCGUGUUCGGAGACCUGCCCUCAGGGGCAGGGACAGUGGAGAAGUUCCAGCUGCAGUCAGACGUGCUGAAAGUGGACAUCAUCUCCUGGGGCUGCACCAUUACGGCCCUGGAGGUCAAAGACAGGCAGGGCAGGGCGUCAGAUGUGGUGCUCGGCUUUGCAGAGUUGGAAGGGUACCUCCAAAAGCAGCCCUACUUUGGAGCAGUGGUUGGCAGGGUGGCCAACCGAAUUGCCAAAGGAACAUUCACGGUGGACGGGAAGGAGUAUAAGCUGGCCGUUAACAAUGGGCCCAACAGUCUGCAUGGAGGAGUCAGGGGCUUUGAUAAGGUUGUCUGGACCCCUCAGGUGCUGUCAAAUGGUGUCCAGUUCUCGAGGAUCAGUCCAGAUGGUGAGGAAGGUUACCCUGGAGAGUUGAAAGUCUGGGUGACAUACACACUGGAUGGUGGGGAGCUUAUGGUCAACUACCGAGCUCAGGCCAGUCAGACCACACCAGUCAAUCUGACCAACCAUUCUUAUUUCAACCUGGCAGGCCAGGAUUCCCCAAACAUCUAUGACCAUGAAGUCACUAUAGAAGCUGAUGCCUUUUUGCCUGUAGAUGAAACCCUGAUUCCUACAGGAACUGCCUUCCAAAAUGGGUGGCAACUCCCACUCUGCACUGCCAUGAUGGAAGAAUUCACAUGUCUGGCCCUCUUUCAGCCAAGAGCAAAUCUCCAGGAGCCCAGAUUUCAUUGGACUCUUAACAGGGACCAAAAGUGCAUGAGCAUGUGGCUUCAUUCUGAGACCAGUCCAAAGUCAUUUGGUCAUUUGGAAGUACCUCCCCUAUGUUGCUGGGCUUGCCAGGAAUCAACAGCCUAGUGGAGAGUCAGCCAGAAUAGUAUCCAUUAACCUGGAAAAUAUCAGGAUAGAUAGAACUCGGACACUUGUUAUAGAGGGAAAGCACUGUCUGGGGACCCCUGGAUAGAGGAGAUGAGCGUUAAAUAAAACCCAAAAGGGCAAGUGGAAAUUUGCCAGGCAACCAGAAGAAAGGUGUUCUGGAUAGAGAUGAAUAAGAAUAAGGAGAGCAGGAAACAGCAGGAAUACCCCCCAGGCCAGCACUGGGCUUCUGGAGCAUUUGGGGCAUGUGUUUGGUAGCAGAAAACCGAUGGGCCUGGAGAGGUUGGCUGGAGCCAUGUCUGAUCUGCACCAGGCUCUGGUACAGCUACAAUCCCUGGGGUGGCUCUGGAUGACCCUCGGCUGGCCUGGAGUUCAAGGCCGCUCCAUGCAGGGCAGACUCACAGGUGUACCUGAGUCCAGUCUCAAACUUCCGGAUGUUCAGCCAGAAGUGGACUUGAACCACAAGGCCACUUCCUUGAGACGUGCUGCAAGAAACCCGUUAGACCAGCCAUGCUCUGUUACGAGUUCUGGGUAAUUGAUAUACAGUAUCUAGAGAUGGUGGUUGUGCUGAAUUGAGAAAAGGGAAGAUACUGUUUGUCUAUCUGUGAGAGGAGGUGAAGGUUUAUGAUAAUAAUAGCUAGUAUUUCAGAGAAGACUUUAUAAAUGAUAAUCCAUGCCAGAAUACUAAAAGGUAGGUUCUGUUAAUUUUUAUUUAACAGCUAUGGACCCUGUGGCACAAGGAGUUUAAGUAACUUAACUGGGGAUCACGCAGUUAACAAGUGGUGGAAAGCUGGGAUUCAAACCUAGGUAGACUGGUAUUAAAAUUCCUGCUUAUAAUUAGACCCGUACUCUACAGACCCGACAGUGUGGUUAGAUGUCAAGAAGGUUUCGGGGGGUGGGGGGAGAGGAAAGAAAGAAAAGUAAUUUCUUGACUAUACAGAUAGCCAAGAUAACCAUGUAGUCAAGAAAUGGGAAGUAAGCCAAAAAGAAAAAAAAGAAGUUCUGACAGUUGAGUGUUCUCAUUUCCUGUCUACCUUUCAUAUAGGUAGUCUCACAGCUUCUCUCUUUUCCUCCCUGUUUCUCCUUCUCUUAAAUUUAUUUUGAUUUUUCUGCAUAGAAAACAGAAAACAAAGUAUAUUGAAAAAUGGGGGACAGAGGGAAGACAAAGAUGCCGGCAUAAGAGGCUUUCCUGAGACUAAAGAGCCUGAGUAGAAGUGUCUGGCCAUGUUAGACUGACCAGGAAGGGAAUGUAGGAAAGGAACAGUCCAUUUUAAAGCUCAGAAUUAUUGGGGCACCUGGGUGGCUCAGUCGGUUAAGCGGCCGACUUCGGCUCAGGUCGUGAUCUCGCGGUCCGUGAGUUCAAGCCCCGUGUCGGGCUCUGUGCUGACAUCUCAGAGCCAGGAGCCUGUUUCAGAUUCUGUGUCUCCCUCUCUCUGACCCUCCCCUGUUCAUGCUCUGUCUCUCCCUGUCUCAAAAAUAAAUAAAACGUUAAA